AUGGAGACAGCAGCAAUGAAGCUUAAGGAGACUGCUAGCAGGAUGUCUGGCUCUACCCAGGAAGAGGAGGAGUUGCCUGCCAAUCACACAGGUCCAAAAGGUGUAAUUAAUGACUGGAGGAGGUUUAAGUUGGAAAGCGUGGAUCAGACUGUCCCCCAAAACAAGAGAGAGCUGCUCAGACAAAUGUCCAGUCCACGGGAGGACGACAAGGAGAGACUAAACAGAAAGAUGAGUGUUCAGGAGUAUGAAAUGAUCCAAGAAGAGGACGAGCAUUGCCUGAAACGCUACAGAAAACAUUGUAUGCAGGAAAUGCACGAGCGGCUGAGCUUCGGCCCCACGUUUGAAGAAGUGUACGAGCUCGAGACCGGAGACGCCUUCCUGGAAGUCAUAGAGAAGGAACACCGGCUGACCCUUGUGGUAGUCCACAUCUACCAGCACGGAGUCAAAGGCUGUGAACAGUUGAACUCAUGUCUGGACUGUCUGGCUUCAGAGUACUCCAGCAUUAAAUUUUGUCGUAUUGAUGCUGUGGCGACAGGCGCUGCUGAGCGCUUCUCCCCCGAGGUUCUCCCCGCUCUACUGGUCUACAAAGCUGGUGAGCUACUGGGGAAUUUCCUAGCUGUUACCAAACACUUCAAUGAAGACUUCUUUGCAACGGACGUGGAGGGGUUUCUCAACGAAUACGGCCUGCUACCUGAGAAGGAGGUCACGGCAUGCGCUGAUGCCGAAGACGAGAGCGAGGACGUGGACUAG